CGACAUAGUAGUUGGCAUUAAACCGAGCGGCAAAGAUGAACAAAAUUUUAGUAGUUUUGUUGAUUGUUCAAGCAGCAUUGGCUGUGACUUCGAACGAACUCCGCAGCAAGAAAUUGGCUCGCGAGGGAACAAUACGUAAAUCGAAUGUCGAGUACAUCAAAACGAACAAUCUGCGUUUAUCGAUGGAAGAGGGUGUGCACGAAUUUUUCGAAGGUGAAUUUUCGACACGAAUCGACCACUUUCGUCCAUUGAACCAACAACGAGUGAACUUUACCUACAAUGCAAACACGCACCACUUCGAGAACUAUGGUCCACUCUACAUUUAUCUCAAAGAUGCUUUCGAUUACUCAACCGAUAUGAUUGAAGAGGGUUUAAUGGUAGAUAUAGCUCGUGAGACUGGCGCUGCUCUGUUAACAUUCGAUCCCAGAUACUUCGGCCUCAAUCGACCAUUUGAUUCGGCUUCAUUCGAAAAUUUGGAAUUGUUGUCAGUGGAGCAAGCCAUUGCUGAUACGGCCGAGUUUAUCAGAGUUAUUCGUAGGGAAAUUCCUACUGCCGAGUUUUCCAGAGUAAUUUUGUGGGGCUCUGGUGUCGGAGGAACACUAGCCGUUUUCGCUAGAAGUAGAUACGCACAUCUCAUCCAUGCUGCAUGGUCCUCAAGUGGCAUUUUCGACUCAGGUGUCUACAGUUAUGGUCCAUAUGAUGUCCUAGAAUUUACAUUUGAUAUUGACGAUGGUGGCGUAUGUCGAGAGACGAUUCAAGAUGCAUACGAAGAAAUCGUUGGACUCGUACUGUCCGGUCAAGGUGCCGAACUUGCUGAUCGUUUGAACUUAUGCAAUCCCGUUGAAACCGACAAUCCAUCAGAUGUAGCUGCCCUGUACGAAAACAGUAUCCGUGCUGUUAUGUACUACUUUGAGGAUUUCCACCAUCAAGGAGUGUUAGAUUUCUGUGAAGAUAUGCAAGCCGUCGAGGGAGAGCCACUCGAAUCAUUGGCCCGCUGGUUCAGAUACGUAUAUGGAGACGAAGAAUGCUUCGAUCCGAGCUACGCUUCAUCCGUCGAAAGAUAUUCGAAUCCUGCAUGGGAUGAGUGGGGAACCAGCACUGGAAGACGUCAGUGGUACUUCUUGCAAUGUACACAAAUUGGAUCGUUUUUGUUGGCUGACAACAACACAUGGCUUCCAGGAACUGUCGACUUAGAAUAUCAUUUGCAGAAAUGUGAAGAUGUUUUCGGUGUCGAAUUCACAUACGAAACAAUAGCAGAUGCCUUCUACACACUGAGAGACGAAUUCAGUUUGCGUAUACCAAAUGCUCUUUACACCAACGGUAACAUUGAUCCACUAAGAUAUUUCGGUCGAGUGUCCGAUCCGACAAAUGAAGGAAUAGUAAUCAACAUUGACUUCGCUUCGAAGUCUGCUGAUCUAACAUCAAUUGACGCUGAUGAACCAGAUGCGUUCACUCGCGCAAAAGAACGAAUCAUUGAUGUUGUCACAAGAUGGUCGUCGGAAGUACCACCAACGGAACCACCAGUUACGCCGACUUCUCAACCAUAAGCGCCACUUUUUAAUUGUAAACUAAUAAUCAAACAUUUUCAAUAAAAGAUUCCCGAAUACAAAAUCAA